UGUAUCGCAUCAAACCCCCUAAUAAUUACCCCUCGGGGACUCUCUCUCUCUCUCUGGAAAAAGCUCUUUCUCUCGGUCUUGGAUCAGCACGAUCUGUUCCCCCAAUUCGUUGUUUUUGGUAGAAUUGAAGAUUGGAGGAGCUUGAAUCGACAUGUCGAUGUCUGAUUCCGACACCUCCUCUCAGGGCAGCGAGUACAAGAACUUCCGGCAACUUACCCGUGAUCGGUUAUUGUAUGAAAUGCUUCGAUCUGCCAAAACUGGGGACUCAAAAUCAACAUGGAAGGUACUCAUCAUGGAUAGGGUGACUGUGAAAAUAAUGUCUUACUCAUGCAAGAUGGCAGAUAUCACAGAGGAAGGAGUUUCAUUGGUAGAAGACAUUUACAGACGAAGGCAGCCACUGCCCACCAUGGAUGCCAUAUACUUCAUCCAGCCGACCAAAGAGAAUGUUGUUAUGUUUCUCUCUGACAUGUCCGGAAGAGCACCUCUGUACAAAAAGGCAUUUGUUUUCUUCAGUUCACCUGUUCCAAGAGAAUUGGUUAAUCAUAUAAAGAGGGAUGGAAGUGUGUUAUCUCGCAUAGGUGCCUUGAGAGAGAUGAAUUUGGAGUACUUUGCCAUUGAUAGUCAGGGAUUUAUUACUGAUAAUGAAAGGGCUUUGGAGGAGCUUUUUGGGGAUGAGGAGAGUAAUUCCAAAGGUGAUGCGUGCUUGAAUGUGAUGGCCACUCGCAUUGCUACAGUUUUUGCUUCAUUACGUGAAUUUCCUUCUGUCCGCUACCGUGCAGCCAAAUCCCUGGAUACAGCUACAAUGACUACAUUUCGUGAUCUAAUUCCUACAAAACUUGCUGCUGGUGUGUGGAAUUGUCUUAUGAAAUAUAAAGCUAACCUCCCUAACUUUCCCCAGACAGAAACAUGCGAGUUGCUUAUCGUGGAUAGAUCUGUAGAUCAGAUUGCUCCUGUGAUACAUGAAUGGACAUAUGAUGCAAUGUGCCAUGAUUUGUUAAACAUGGAAGGAAAUAAAUAUGUGCAUGAGGUCCCAGGCAAAGCUGGUGGUGCACCGGAGAAGAAGGAAGUCCUUUUGGAGGAUCAUGAUCCCAUCUGGCUUGAGCUUCGGCAUGCACAUAUAGCUGAUGCUAGUGAACGGUUGCAUGAAAAGAUGACAAAUUUUGUAUCAAAAAACAAAGCUGCUAAAAUUCAGCAUGGUUCAAGAGAUUCUGGUCAAUUAUCGACUCGUGAUUUGCAGAAGAUGGUUCAGGCAUUGCCACAUUAUAGUGAGCAAAUUGAUAAAAUCUCUCUACAUGUAGAUGUUGCUGGAAAAAUAAACAAUACUAUCAAAGAGAUGGGGCUUAAAGAACUUGGGCAGUUAGAGCAGGACCUAGUUUUUGGAGAUGCAGGAACUAAGGAUGUGAUCAAUUUUUUGAGAAUGAAACUGGAUGUAACACGGGAAAAUAAGUUGCGCUUGUUGAUGAUAUAUGCUGCGUGUCAUCCUGAAAAGUUUGAGGGUGAUAAAGUAGCAAAGCUAAUGGAGUUAGCAAGACUACCGGCUGAGGAUAUGAAUGCUGUAUAUAAUAUAAGAUUGCUUGAGGGGUCAUCAGAUACCAAGAAAAGCUCAAUUGCAGCUUUCUCUCUGAAAUUUGAUGUCCACAAGAAGAAGCAUGCUGCUAGAAAGGAUCGCCCUGGUGAAGAAUCAAAGUGGCAGCUUUCACGCUUUUAUCCUAUGAUAGAGGAACUUAUUGAAAAGCUUAGCAAAGGUGAGCUACCAAAGAAUGACUACCCAUGUAUGAAUGACCCAAGUCCUACAUUCCAUGGGUCUUCUAGGGUUUCAUCCAUGCAACUUAAUCAAGGUCCUGCUCCUCAUUCAAUGAGACAAAGACGGGCAACAUGGGCUCGGCCUCGAGGCUCUGAUGAUGGGUAUUCAAGUGAUUCAAUUCUAAAGCACGCGUCUAGUGAUUUCAAGAAGAUGGGUCAACGUAUUUUUGUAUUUAUUGUUGGUGGAGCAACCAGAUCCGAGCUACGUGUUUGUCACAAGCUGACAGAAAAGCUAAAGAGAGAAAUUGUAUUAGGUUCAUCUAGUCUUGAUGACCCUCCACAGUUUAUUACGAAACUGAAGAUGCUGACAGCUCAAGAACUUUCACUGGAUGAUCUUCAGAUAUAAUAGAAUUUGGUGGAGCAAGAAGCUGGGAACACAAUUUUUUUGCUGAUCCUGUUUCCCAGUAUGUAAACAUAGAUGGGUACAAAUAGGCUCCGGUCUCCUUUCUUUUAAGCGAUGUAAAAAUGUUUGGCUUCAACAUUUGAAGCUGAUCAAUAGGUUGGGUCCUUGAGGAGUUAGUUAUGUUGAUAAAGAUUUAUGCUCUGGUAUUGUAUUGUAAUCGUGGAGAAACAAUAGGAAAUAGUUUUUUUUUUUUUUUUCAAUUUCUUUUAGUUUUCUUUUCCCUUGGUCCAUAAACUACUGUUCAUUGUGUACAUUAUUUUCCCUGAUUGAUACAGUAAACCGGUUAAAAGAUUGUCUGAUGUUCUCUGGAA